AUGAGAGACUGGAAGUCGCGAUUGCCGUCAAGCUCGAGAACGCGCCGACGACGACCGCCACGGCCCAGUGCAAGCGCUGCCGUCACCACGCGCCACCGCAAGCAGGUCGUGACGCUCCGCAACUGCGACUACCCGCGGUUCAACCAAGACUCGGUCUAUGGAUACGGUCAGUACAUCAAGGACACGUGUACGAACACGUGGAACGACUUUGGCGGGAAGACGGCGCCGCUCGUCCAAGCGCCGUUCCAGGCGUGCGGCGGAACGCUCGUGUACUCGACGACUGUCGAAGGCGCGGCGAAGACUGUCGUGCUUGAACCAGAAGCGGAUUUGAGCUGCUGCAACUCCCCCGACGAAAAGAGCAAGGUGACGUGCACAGCGCUCAAGUCGGACAAGUCGAUCAAGCGGUGCGAGGGACCGGCGGCGGGAUCGCCAAGCGUGCUUGCCUUGAUGGCCUCGUCCGAACCCAUCGCGACGUCGUCCGUUGCGAUGCUGGCUGUCGUGGGUGGCGUCAUGGUGGCCGUCGCAGUCGCGGCGACUAAGCGUCAAGCCAUGAUGGCCGAGGGUGUCGACGUCGACGAGGGCUACCAAGCGCUGCUGCUUUGA